UCUCUCCCGUUGCUUCUUUCCAUCCGACGGACCACGUUUCCCUUUGCCCGCCGACUCGGUUUCUUUCUCUCUCCGCAUCCUCGAUAACAACUACACCAAACGCGAAACCAACGCACGGAGAAGAGCGUUGCGGAUUCCACCCCUUCUCUUCCCUCUUCCGUCUUCUCCUUCCAGUCUCGCCACUGUCUCCAGCUCUGGUUUGGGAUAUCCGCCGCCUGUUAGGAGCGCAGGGAGUUGCCGGCUGCGUGGGGUUCCUCCUCCAGAGUCCAGCUCUGUCGAUCGGGUUUGGCCACCUGUUUCACUUGAUCUCUGCUUCUAUCCUCAUCUAUCAGAUCUAUUUCUCUUUCCCCAACGAAAGGAAUAAAAAAUCUCGUCUUUGGACUGAAUCUACUAUAAAGUUGGCUCCUUGGAGCUCUGCUGAGCUCGCCAUCUGGUCUUCUGUUUGCGUGAUGUUAGGGUAGAUGAUCUCGUGCCAAAGGCGGCUCCUUUUUCUUUAGUUUGAUCAGCUACAGAUCAAGACUUCCUCAGCUGGUGGGUUGCUCCUCUUUUCUCUGAUCGUCUUUGUGAAUCUUUUUAGAUCUUUCAUGAUGAAGCUUGGUUUCAGAUUUCUGGGAACUGAUAGGCAGAGAGGAGGCAGAGAUGGGAGCUGAUCAUCUCAGUGAGGUUGGAAGCUGCUACGGGAUUGAGGAUGUUGCAUUGGAAGAAGAAACGCCAUCCGGUAGCAAAGGCUUGCGUACUCGACACAAGUGCCCGGAGACGGGCAAGGCCAAGCAAGCACCGGUUCCGGAGGCGGUGCCUCCUGGUCCGGGCUCUGAGCUUGUCGCAGACCAACACGCCAAUAUCAAAUCCGAGAUUUGCCCUCUCGACGACGUUCACAGAUCUGUAUCGAAGGCCAGCGAGGGGUUCGGUAGCUCCAAACGAAAGCAUGCAAGCAUAGGCGGAUCGGGGAUCCCUACAUGCCCGGAGUGCGGGAAGACGUUUGCUUCAGAUAAGGCACUUUUUGGCCACUUGCGGUGCCACCCGGAGAGAGAUUACAGGGGAGCUAAUCCGCCGCCGGGUGCACGGAAGCAGCCGAAGCCGGACGCCGGUCCUUCUGCCGCGAGAGAUCUGCCGGCGCAACAGUGGCAGACGACCGCGAGAAGAGGUCGACAAGGGACGGCCAGCGGCGGCGACGACGCCGAAGAUCUUUUAGAGGCUGCUGCCAUGACCAUAUUUCGUAUGGCACAUGCAGAGCACCGGGGUCGGACCGCAAUCACUGCUGAGGAGGAAGGAAAUCAGACGAAACAACUUCAGCUCACUCAGUCUUGCCACAAUGAUGAUGAGCUUCCUCCUAGGGUUCAGAAUAUCAACUCUGGGGACGAUCUGACAUCGAGCUACAGGAGAACUAAGAAGACGAAGGUCGAGUCCGCCACAUCUGAUCAUGGUCGAAGGUACGCGUGCAUUGUGUGCUCCAAGACCUUCUCUUCGCACCAGGCACUUGGAGGGCACAUUGCCAGUCACAAUAAGAACAAGACCAACCCCAAAGAAGCAGCGGCGACCGCAGCGACGGUGGAGAACCAGGGCAGAAGCACUGCAGUCGCGAAACCGGCCACUGCAGAACACCGGUGCAAGAUUUGCAACGACGUGUUCACCAGCGGGCAGGCACUUGGAGGUCACCAGAGACGGCACUUCCAUCAACUACACCAUCGAUCUCCAGCUCCAUCCUCUUCCUCACACCCAUCUGACGACCAUGUGGCGCCGGUGCAGCACCAUCACCCCGGUGAGCAGCAGCUACAUGAUCCAGCUCCAUCAUCUUCAUCACAUUCAGCUCAACAUGAUCAGUUCUGCUGGGAUCUCAAUAAGGCACCACCGAAUCUUGACUGA